AUGAUAGCCUUUCACCUUCACACACUUAAAGGUUCGAUAGAUUUAAAAGCUGGUCCCGAAACCGUCCUUUUCGAAUUGUUUACACGGAACAAUCCGGACGUAGCACAAAUUCUUCAAGUGGAUGACAAUGCCCUCCUGGAACAGUCGAAUUACAAUAGCAGUCUUCCAACUAAAAUUUUUGCACACGGAUGGGUUGGAUUUCCAGAUCAAGGCUAUUCUUCCAAAAAUGAAUACCUGUUGCGAGAGGACUGUAAUUUUAUUUCGGUGGACUGGUCUGUGCUAGCUUCCGGAGAUUAUACUUUUGUCGCCAUCAAUAAUGUUCCUGUUGCUGGGGCUGCUACUGGAGCCUUCGUGGAUUUUCUCGUUAGCCAAGGAGCACCAUUGACCUCGUUUCAUCUUAUUGGAUUCAGCAUGGGGGCCCACGUCGUAGGCAAUGCUGGAGGGCUUUUAGUUUCUGGAAAACUCCCCAGGAUUACCGGUCUGGAUCCGGCGGCAAAUGACUUUCCUUUGGAAUCCUUGGACACUCGUCUUGAUGCAACCGAUGCGUUCUUUGUAGAUGUGAUUCACACUAGCAGUGUUGCCUUUAUUAAUGCAACAGGACACGCUGAUUUUUAUCCCAACGGCGGAGUUCUUCAGCCCGGUUGCCCAGUUCCUGAUUCUGAAUGUUGCAAUCAUUGCCGUGUUGUGGAUUUGUAUGCCGAAUCCAUCAACACUCCGUUGGGCUUCAAUGCAUUUUCGUGCGAUUCCUGGGAAAAUUACCAAAGUGGUUACUGUAACCAGAACGCUCAGGCACAAAUGGGGGAGCGUGUUUCAGUCAAAAGAUUCGAUUAUUGUGUUUGUUCGACUUUGCCGUUGUUUAGUGCGCAGGGUCUUUAUUACUUAGCCACAAACAGCCAAUCGCCGUAUGCACAAGGAUAA